CACAAGUAUCAGGAAAAGAAAACAGACAAAAUGGUCCUCGACCGCAUCCAACAACUCGCCCACCAAGUCACUGCAACAACCCCCCUCCCACACCCUCUCGACCCCCUCAGCACCACCGAAAUCGACACCGCAGUCUCCAUCAUCCGGUCCCAACAUGGCAACCUCAACUUCAACGCCGUUAGCCUGUACGAGCCCCGCAAGGUGGAAAUGAUGGCCUGGCUCGAGGAUCCCUCCACAGCGCCUCGACCCAUGAGAGCGGCUGACGUCGUUGCUAUUGAUGCGAGCGGGAAGGUGUACGAUGGGGUUGUGGAUUUGGGGGAGAAGAGGAUUUUGGCCUGGAAGCACACGGAGGGCGUGCAGCCGUUGAUUACGAUGGAGGAUUUGCAGGAGGUGGAGCAUAUUGUCCGGCGGGAUGAGAGGGUUAUUGAGCAGUGUGGGAUACUUGGGAUUGCGAGGGAGGAUAUGGGGAAGGUUUAUUGUGAUCCGUGGACGAUUGGUUACGAUGAACGCUUCGGGACUGGGAUCCGGCUGCAGCAGGCGUUGAUGUACUACCGGCCUAGUGUUGAUGAGUCGCAGUAUACGUACCCGCUUGACUUCUGUCCGAUCUAUAAUGCCCAGACAAAGGAGAUUAUCCAUAUUGAUAUCCCGUCUGUCCGACGACCGCUCAGCAAGGCACCCCCGAACAGCUACCAUCCUGAGGCCAUCGAACAAGAGGGUGGUUACCGGAAGGACCUGAAACCCAUCCACAUCACGCAACCAGAGGGCGUUUCUUUCAAAAUUAACAACCGAAUUAUCGAUUGGCAAAACUGGAAUAUCCAUAUUGGCUUCAACUACCGUGAAGGCAUUGUGUUGAACAACAUCACUUUCAACGACAAGGGAACCGUUCGACCAGUGUUCUACCGUCUGUCUCUCGCGGAGAUGGUUGUUCCAUAUGGAAACCCGGAACACCCUCACCAGAGGAAACACGCGUUUGAUCUGGGUGAGUAUGGCGGUGGAUACAUGACCAACAGUCUCUCCUUGGGCUGCGACUGCAAGGGCGCGAUUCACUAUAUGGAUGCGGCAUUUGUCAAUAAAGCCGGUGCGAGCACGACUAUCAAGAAUGCUAUCUGCGUCCACGAAGAAGACGCGGGUAUCCUCUUCAAGCACACCGAUUUCCGUGACGAGUCUAUGGUUGUUACCCGUGGGCGGAAGUUGAUCAUCUCGCAUAUCUUCACGGCCGCGAACUACGAGUACUGCGUGUACUGGAUCUUCCACCAGGAUGGUACCGUGCAGCUGGAUAUCAAGCUGACUGGUAUUCUGAACACGUACUCCCUGAACCCUGAAGAAGACACAAACGGCUGGGGAACGGAGGUGUACCCCGGUGUCAACGCGCAUAACCACCAGCAUCUCUUCUGCUUACGUGUUGAUCCCAACAUCGACGGUCCCAAUAACACGGUAUUCCAAGUCGACACCACGCGCGCUCCUGGUGAGGUCGGAAGCGCAGAGAACAAAUACGGAAAUGCGUUCUUUGCGAAAAAGACGAAGUACACUACGCCUCGCGAGGCUAUGUCUGAUUAUGACGGUAAUACCGGACGUACGUGGGAAAUAGCCAACACGAACAAGUUAAAUGAGUACAGCAAGAAACCUGUGUGCUAUAAGCUUGUUAGUCGAGAGGUUCCGCCGUUCCUCCCUAAGCCGGGCAGUUUGGCUUGGAAGAGAGCUGGAUUCGCGAGGCAUGCCGUGCACGUUACAAAAUACAACGACGAACAACUCUACCCCGCCGGCCGACACGUCCCCCAAACCUCCGGCGACCCCUCCGCCGGCCUCCCUGCCUGGAUCGAAGAAGCCGAAGCCUCAUCAUCAUCCUCUAACAAAAUCGACAACACCGACAUCGUCCUCUGGCACACCUUCGGCCUAACCCACUUCCCGUCCCCUGAAGAUUUCCCAAUCAUGCCCGCAGAGCCGAUGACCGUGUUACUUAGGCCGAGAAACUUCUUCACGAAGAAUCCGGCGUUGGAUGUACCGCCUAGCUUUUUGAGGACGCCGUCGCAGGCUGCGAAGGGGGUAGAGGGGUGUGGAAGCGCAUCUUUUGCUUUUUGA